AUGGCUCGCACCAAGCAGACCGCCCGUCGGUACGAAGGCAAGGCGCCGCGCAAGGUCGCGCCGGCCAAGAAGGCUGUCAUGGAAGCGACCAUCAAGAAGAAGACCCAGCGCUACCGCCCCGGCACGGUCGCACUCCGCGACAUUCGCCGGUAUCAAAAGUCGACCGAGCUCCUCAUCCGAAAAAUCCCGUUCCAGCGCCUCGUGCGUGAG